AUGGCCACACAACACAACGCCUGCGUCGACUUCAGAAUGAGCAGCCUCCAAAAUGCCCUGGCAUACACCCCGCAGCCGUCGGGAGACUUUCCGUCUCCCAGGGCUGCGGAAGCGACAGACUGGCUGGCCCACAUUCUCUCAGAGAACGAGUCGGGACAGUUCAUGAGCCCGGCAACGCGAACCCGCGCUGAGAGGCUUCAUCACCUCUGUGCCGAGUCCGUCUACUGGCCUCUUUCAGAUCUGAUGAACCCUGCCCUGGACGCAGUCAAAUACGGCCGCCAUGAGAUUGAGUCCCUCAUCCGCAUUGACGGACGCCAUAAAGCAGCGGGUCUGAAGUGGAAAUGCAUGGCCAAGGACUACAUCGUCACGCGUUACGCCCCGUACUCGAAGGAUAUCGAGAACAAGCGCCGGAUGAUGGAGAGCCAGACAUGGAGACAACUCUUCAACGGCCGCAAAUCAGUCGGUCCCAUCAUCAAGUGUCCCUACGAGACCUCGGCCGUCUUCGCCGUCAUGGACUGGGUCGACAUUGACCGUAUUCUCGACUUUGAGACGCGCCAGAACUCACGAUGGACCGAGUAUCCGGGCAUCUCAGCUUUCGUCGACUUCUCGACGAAGAUAGCGGGUAGACAGCCCCCAUCGAAGUUGACCAGCUACGUGGAAAACGUAGCCAAGGCGCACGGCGACUUGAAUUGGAGAAAGGUGCGGAAGUUCAUUAAGAUGUACAUCGCGGAGCAAUACCCGGCGUCUCCCAACUUGUACACGGAGAUCGAUUGGUUCGAAAACAGGUUGCCGUUUUUCGAUGUUCCCGACACGCGAUACGGGAUCCAGAAGAAGGCUUCGAGUUCAUCGAGCGGCAUGUUCGAGACCUCGGAAGAGGUUCAAUGGCAGAGACGCUUCGACGAGGACUCCCGAGCUCUGUCGGAAUGGACUCCGAAGUGCUGCUCUGACUAUAAGGUUCUGGCGAUUCGGGCGAUGGCUGCCUUUGAGGCUUGA